AUGAUGACCAGCCUGUUUCGGCGCAGCGCCAGCAGCAAUGGCAAUCACAGCUCGAGGGCUAACGGUAAUGGAGGAUCCGAGCUCAAUAACAGCAAGUCUUCUCGACAGCACGUCCGACGGUUGGAGUUCAACCAGGCCAUGGAUGACUUCAAGACCAUGUUUCCAAGCAUGGACCACGAGGUGAUUGAGUGUGUCCUGCGUGCCAAUAAUGGUGCUGUGGACUCCACCAUUGACCAGCUCCUGCAGAUGAGUUUGGAUGGACAAGGCACAGACGACAGCUCCGACUCGGACGACAGCAUUCCUCCAGAGAUCUUGGAAAGGACGUUAGAGCCGGACAGCUCAGAUGAAGAACCCCCACCUGUUUACUCUCCACCCUCUUACGAGAUGCACAUCUUUGACAGGAAGCACCCGGCUGAUGUGCCGCCGUUCCCUCCUCCCAGGUUUGAUGCCAAUCCUCCAACCGGGCAUCAGCAGAUCAGCAGCUACAGGAACUGGAACCCUCCGUUACUAGGCAACCUCCCUGAUGACUUCCUGCGGAUCCUGCCCCAGCAGCUCGACAGUCUGCAGCGUUCUCAGAGCAGCCUGUCCCAGCCUUCCUCGUCGUCAUCGUCCUCACUGUCCUCUCUGACGCAGUAUUCAGCCUCGGAGCAGGACAGAAAGCUGAAGCAGUACCUGGAGGACGAGCGCAUCGCCCUUUUCCUGCAGAACGAGGAGUUCAUGAGGGAGCUGCAGCGCAACCGUGACUUCCUCAUCGCUCUGGAGAGAGAUCGUCAGAGGUAUGCGUCUCUGAAAUCCCAGCGCUCUCAUUCAUCCACUUGCAUGGAGAGUUCCACUGAAGGUGAUCACAACACCUCAGGCUCUGAAGAAGCCUGCACCUCCAUCUCAGAUGAUGCCUUGUUCCGUGACAAACUCAAGCACAUGGGCAAAUCUACAAGGAAGAAGCUUUUCGAAAUCGCAAAAUCUUUCUCUGAAAAAACUCGCCGGAGGAAGACCAAAAAGAGGGCUCUCCUCAAGCAUCACUCACUCACCACUGCAGCCUCCACUGCCAACCUUCUGGAGGAUGUAGAGGGACUUACAGCAGAAGAUGAAGGCAAGCUCAAAAGAUCGGGUGCUCAGGAAACAGAAGAGUCCAACAAGGAAGUGGCGUCAUGCCGAAAUAAUGGGGGCAGAGAGGAAGCAGGAUUCAGCUGGAGCUAUGGAGACACAGUCAGUAAAGGACAGAUGGAGUGGGUGCAGAGCUCGGAGAAUGACUCAGCGUUGAGAUGGGAGUGUUUAACAUGGAAGAACAUCACACCUUCAGGAGCAUGA